AAACCCGUAACUCUAGUUUUACUAAUUCUCAAGUAAUGGCGUCGGAGAAACAACAAAAGACGGAAAGAGCCGAAGUUGCAGCGAGGCUAGCAGCUGAAGACUUGCAUGACAUUAACAAACACCAUUGCGAUAACGUCACGAUGUAUAAGGUAACGGAGAGAACAGUUGAACAUCCACCAGAGCAGGAGAGGCCAGGAGUGAUAGGAUCAGUGUUCAGGGCCGUCCAAGGAACAUAUGAGCAUGCGAGAGAUGCUGUUGUCGGGAAAAGCCAUGACGUCGCCGAGUCGACCAGAGAAGGAGCUCAAAUAGCCUCAGAAAAAGCGGCUGGAGCCAAAGAUGCAACCCUUGAGAAGGCAAAAGACACGGCGGAUCAUACGGCCGAGAAGGCAAGAGAGGCUAAAGAUAUGACGGCAGAGAAGAUGGGCGAGUAUAAAGACUAUACGGUUGAUAAGGCGAAGGAAGCCAAGGACAAGACGGUGGAUAAAAUGGGCGAAUACAAAGUCUACACAGUGGAUAAGGCUGUAGAAGCUAGGGAUAAGACGGCAGAGAAGGCCAAGGAGACAGCCAACUAUACGGCUGACAAGGCCGGAGAGUAUAAGGACUACACGGUGGAGAAGGCGGCUGAAGGAAAAGAUGCUGGAGUGAGUAAGCUUGGAGAGUUUAAAGAUAGUGCAGUUGAUACGGCGAAGAGAGCUAUGGGUUUCUUGUCUGGGAAGACAGAGGAAACCAAACAAAAAGCUGUAGAGACCAAAGAUAGUGCCAAGGAAAAAAUGGUGGAGGCUGGAGAAGAAGCUAGACGAAAGAUGGAGGAGAUGAGAUUGGAAGGUAAAGAACUCAAAGAAGAAGCUAGACGCAAAGCACGAGAGGGGUCUCAAAAGACCAAGGAGACUGCUGACUCAGCAGCUGAAAGAGCCCACGAAACAAAAGAUUCAGAUUCGGUUAGGUAA